ACACAUUAGUGGAAAUCUUGGAAAAUCUUUAUCAAUAACGCAAUUCCGAAAGAAAUUAAUUAUCAUUCUAUAAAAACAAACUAUCUGGAUUAUUAUUUGAGAGCUUAAUUAUAUUUUACUAAUUUAUUUUAGCAAAUAUUCAAAGUAAAGUAGUUCAAGGUAGAGGAAGCCUAACCUCCAACACUUGCAUACCAUUACGGAAAAGUAAUUAAUCAUUGUAAAACUUCUAUUUCUAUAUUAACAGAAGUUGCAGAGCACUAUUUUGUAAUGAGAUCAAGCUCAUAAAUCUCACUUUUUAACAUAUUAAAUAUAUUAAAUUGAUCUGAAAAACUUUGAAGACCACGUGAAAAAUCACAAUUUUCAAACACUUAUAUUUCUAAAAAUACAGAAAUUCUUACAAAACAAAUUACCACACAUGAAAGAAGGAAUUUUGAUGUACAUUACCUGUAAAUUUCAAAUUCCUAAGCUCCAAAAAAGUGUAUUUGUAGUUUUUUGUGUUCGAGACAUGUUGAGUGGAGCUUGACUCAAGCAGCCUGCACAUCCUUUUGUUUAAAUAAAAUAAGAAUCUACUCUCUGUUAGUUUCUGUGGGAAUAGUUUAAUCUAACUUAAAAUUUGAAAUAGUGAACUGAAUUAUUGUGAUGGAGAUUCAAAACUUAAAAUGUUUAUGAACUCCAAAAGUUAGUCAAAAUGGCGGCACACUAUAAAUACCUGUGGAGACGUCAGCUCGAGACAGUCAGCAGCCAAAUUUCUGAAUCUCCAGACCAUUCAUGUUAUAAGUGUUUUCUGUGUGCCAAUGUAGUCAAUAUCCGCUGCCCGAAAAACUUUGCAGUGUGCUUGGGCUGAGAGGCGAGACGGACAACGGACAACGAGCGCAUCAAACAACGGUGAAGAGGACCGCUGCGUGCUGAAUCGGACGGAGCCUACACGGGGACCACGACGACGCUGCAUGACUGGACCAACUCCGCCGCUGAGAGCAUCACCGACAUCCACGGCCAUAAGACGACCUCUAUGCUGAACCCGAUCGCUCAAACAAACCAGGUCAUAUUGAUAAAAUAUCCAUAGUAAAUUGAGAAAUUCAUAAGAACACCCUUGGAAAGAACAUUCAAUUAAUUUCAUGAAGGCUUGAAAGUGCAAUAAAUUAUCAAACUUAUUCAAAACAUCCACACCCUGAUUAUAAAAUUGAAUUAAAACGUUGAUCAGAAUCUCUAAAAGGAAUUUUUUAUUUCAUAGAUUAUAAGUGACUCUAUGAGAGGCUAUCUUCUUGGCUCGAAAAUUCUUCAUCUAUGACCUACAAACGUGGGCCAUUUCUGACACAUGGCGCCCAACUAGUGUUGCAUUAAGUUUGAUUAAUAAUUGCACAAGCCAAUAUUAGAUCUUUUUCAAUUUCACCAAAUUAAUUUAUUUACAACAAUUUUUUGAGGCGACUCAUUUGCGCUCAGUUUAGUCACAAUCCGUAUAUGAUUUAUCAAUACGGGAGAUCAAAGAUCAAUGUCAUAAUAAUUUUUGACUCAAAUAUUCAAAGAAAUUCUCAAAUUAUCAGAAUUCAUAAGCAUAUUGAAUUUGUCUAUUCCCACAGAAACAGUUUGUCUAAGAUUUCUCGUAUUAUUUUGUGUUUGAUGUUUAUUUUGCACGUUUGGAGAUUCUCAUAGGAAUGUAAUUUGGCUGCAUGAAUUUUUGUGUUUGAAAUUUUAUGUUUGAAAUUUUCCAAGAUAAAUUCUUUCAGUUAUCGUAAUUGUUGCUAUUAGUGCCCUAAAAUUGAUUUUAGUUUUGAUAAUAAUAUUACCUGGAGUUUAUAGAAUAGGAAAGGUUAAUCUAAAAAGAUGGCUAAUAAUAAUAAUGCCGAAUCCGAAUCUCAAGAUAGAUUACCAAACAAUGAAUUCAGUAGAGAAAGUUUGGCCCUCUUAUCAUCAACACAAGUUGAAGGAAACAAAUCCGAAUCUAGUGAAACUCAUUUUUCUCCCACUUCAAUAAGAAAUUCUGCUAGUUCUCCUCAAGCUAGUAAUAAAGACGAUAAUGAAGUUACUUUAAAAAGUCUAGCCGAAUCAAUGAAGAGUCUUUUUGCUAUGCAGCUUAGUCAUAGGAAUUUAACUGAAGAGAUUAAAAAUAGUACUCAACAAGUAACAGCUCAGUUCUCAGCUAAGGUUGAAGAGCAUUCCGAGAAAAUUUCAGAGAAUAGACAAGCAAUCAUAGAGAUAAAUGACAAGAUAAGUCAGAUUAAAGAACAGGAAAUGGUAAACGUUCGCGUUCAUUUACAAAGUCAGAUUAACGAAACACAUGCCGAAAUUACUAAAAUAAAAGAAACCUGUCUUAUCAAUGAACUAGUGAAGGAAAAAUCACCUAAUGGAUAUGAGGUAUGUGGUGCAUCCAAUCUGUUAGCAAAUCUAGGUCAAUUCGAUAAUACCCCGAAAACCCCGCAACCAAAAGAAUUCAUGAAUCAAAUCAUAGCUAUAAAUGAACUUCAAACAAUACCAUGGAAAAUCUGGCGUCUACAGCUUGUGGCUCAGCAUCUCAGAGGUGAAGCUCUAACAUUCUUUAGAAGUCGUAUGGAGGAUUUUAAUAAUUUGGGUGACUUCACUAAGGCAUUCCUAGACCGAUUCUGGUCCUUAUCAAAACAACAAACUGUUUUAAACAAGAUAAUAACAUGCAGUUUCAAUAGUAGAACAGAUACAUAUAGCGAUUUUGCAGCAGAAAUAAAAUAUUUCAACUCUUUAUUAGAUAACCCACUUUCCGAAAUUAAUUUGGUUCAGAUAAUAACACAGAAAUUCCCUUACAACGUUCAGCUAGCACUCUCUUGUCCUCAAAUCAAUAAUCUGCGUGACUUGGAAGAUUGUCUGAAUAGAAUUCAGACAAUAAACGACAACAACCCACGAGUCAAUCACAAAAGACUCGACGCAACCAACAACGACGAGCGGCUAUCAGCAGGCAUCAGAGAAGCAGACAGCACGUAUCCUGAGAGUCGCAGAUGGGAGCCUCGUAGAUGGGAGCCUAGUGGAUGGGAGCCUCGUAGAUUGGAGCCUAGCAGGCAGGAAGCAGGCCGAAGGACGUAUGAAGGAGGAGACGGACCGCGACAGCAACAGCAACAGCCGCGACAGCAGGACCAGCGCCAGCAGCAGCAGAAUCAGAGACCGCAGGAACAACGCCAACAACACCGCGACAAUCAACGCAGAUUUCACGAGAGUCAGCAUGUGAGAGAUGGAGGUUCCCACGCCAACAAGCAGACACACUCGCCAAACCCGCCACAGAGCCCGAAGCCGAGUGAUGCGCGACCGAGCCACCCUCACAGCAGCGACCCCAGCAACAACAAUCCAUGUAGCAAGAAUUCAAAUUCAGGGACACCAAUGAAAAAAAUCUGACAACUAAAAGAAAGGAUAGUACCGAUAGAAGAAGAAACAAUCGAGAGAAUUACGCCGAAAUCGAGUGCUAUCCUUCAACCAGACGCAAAUGUGGGAGAUAACAUAAACAAUAAUUAUGAUGAUUCGGAGAUGUCUGAAACUUGUACUAAGGAUUACGAAAUUAAUCAAAUGAAAUUAUUCAGGCCUAGUAAGCUGUAUAGUACUUAUAAUGAAAGAGAGAUAAGUGGGAGUAAUCGGAAGAAAGAAAAAACCGAAGGUAUAAUGAAUGUAGAUCGUGUGAAUAAUGUCGAUUGUGUAGGGAUUGUUGAUUGUAUUAAGGAAAUAGAAUUUAGAAAACAAAACAGUGAUGAGGAGUCUGAAGCAAAGAAGAGGAAACACACUCGUUUUAAAGAAAAUACUCCAAAUAGAGUACGGGAAAGAGAAUACAUUUUUCAUGAAAAGAACAACAAUCACACAUCACACGCGAGAUACCGAUGUUCGCGUAUAAGAAAUCGAAAACGUACGCGCUUCAAAAAGCAUUGUGAACAGGCGGAUUGCUCAAAUGAAACUACUGGCAAUGGAAAAGAAAUUGAAACAGACCGUAAUACUUUAUCGGAAAUAACGGCUUUUGGAAAGAGACCACUGCGAAACAGAGAUAGCCUACCCUUGAUUAACGAAACUGAUAAACAGGCCUACUACGAAAGAAGAAAUAAUUUUGAACCUAUUUCGAAUGAUAACGAAACCGCUACUAGCUCCAAACUACUAAAUAAAUCAAUCAGAUAUUUCCCAGAGGACGAAAGUUCCACCCCCAUGAAAUUAAGAACCAUAUUCAGAGACGAGAUAAUCGCUGAUUUAUUAGAAGAAGAUACAGGACAUGAAGAAAACGAAUUAAAACAAUUUCAAGCAUUUAUCGAAUGUAAUCUGUACGGUAAGAAAGUGCAAGCAUUGAUAGACACUGGUGCACAAUGCAGUAUUAUUCAAGCUGAUCUAUUCUCCAGUAUAGAGUCAAAGCAGAGAAUUGAAACCCUACCGCUUAGUUCGACCUAUAUUCAAGGAAUAAAUCCGAGUCGCCGAGUAAAAAUUCAAAAACAAUGCCUGCUAGAAAUACCGAUGUUAAAUAAUGUAGUACUCUCUCACACAUUCCUCGUUUAUCCAGCAUCCUGUCCAGAUCUUAUCAUUGGCGUUGAUUUUUUGAAAUACUACCAAGCUAUCAUUGAUUUGACCAAUAUGACACUAUCCAUUCGCCAAGGAAGAGAGGGAGCUAUGCUAACCACUCCACUCAUUUUAGAAGCGCAACACGUAGAUACUCCUAAAAUAAGAGUGAUCGAACAAGGACCAAGUGAUAGGCCUACACACAUGCGUGAAGAAGGAGACGACGAUUUCGUGAGAUUGGACACUGAACAAUGGCAAUGUAGAGAGUCUGAUGAAACCAAGGAUAAACAAUUAUUCGAAGCAUUAUUAAAUGACAUUCGCUAUAGUGAUGAGUAUCCAGAAGAGGGAAAAACUGAAAUAAUUGAACUAUUACGCGAGCAUGAGGACGUAUUCUCGGAAACACCAGGUCGUGCAACCCAUUUUAAAUGUCAACUUAACGUUAAACCACAUAAAGCAUACUACAAGAAGAAUUAUUCAAUACCCUUCACAUUACGAAAUGCAGCACAGAUUGAAAUAGAUCGUAUGGAGAGAUUAGGAGUUGUAGAACCUUCUUUUUCACCUUACAGUUUACCCAUAGUCUGUGUUGGCAAAAAAGACAAUACUGUGAGAUUAUGCUUAGACGCUCGUCCUCUAAAUAAUAUCCUGGAGGAUGACCGAGAAACACCUAUGCAAAUUGAUGAGGCACUACAAACGUUUCACGGAAAAUCCAUAUAUUCAACCGUUGAUCUUAGUUCUGGUUAUUGGCAAGUAGAGGUAGCAGAAGAGUCACGUGAUUACUUAUCAUUUCUAUUCAAUGGAAGGAAUUUACGUUUUACAAGACUUGCCUUUGGUAUACGAAACGCAAUGGCUAUUUUCAUCAAGUGCUUACGACAAGCCCUGGGAGAGGAUAUUGCGGAAUUUUGCACGGUAUACGUAGAUGAUGCUUUAGUUGCCUCACACACUAUACACGAGCACUGUCAUCAUUUAAACACAAUCUUCCAGCGUCUAAGAGAAAAUGGGCUUAAGCUAAGGUUAUCAAAAUGCAAUCUAUUUAAACGACAGGUACAUUUCUUAGGGCAUAUUAUAAAUGAAAAAGGUAUCACUCAGAAUGAGGAGAAAAUAUUAGCAAUCAGAAAUUUUCCUUCGCCAAAGAAUCGAAAACAAUUACAAAAGUUUAUAGGCUUUCUACAAUUUUACAGGAAAUUCAGUAAGAAUUUGUCUCAUUACACCAAGCAAUUCAGUCAUAUACUUUCGUCAAAAAAUUUGUGGAGAUGGAGUGAUGAAGAAGAGAGAGUUUUUUGUGAAAUAAAGGAACGUUUCUUGGAAGUAGUUAUGCUGCAUCACCCCGAUUUAUCAAAACCAUUUUUCAUAAACGUGGAUGCGUCGCAUUAUGCCAUAGGGGCUGAAAUUUUUCAGUUCGAUAAGAAUAAUGAAAAAGGCAUUAUAGCUUUCUACAGCAAAACUUUGAACAAUGCACAGAGAAAAUAUUCGGUGACAGAAAAAGAAUUGUUAAGUCUAUUAGAAGUAUGUUUACGAUACCGCACUCUACUUCUGGGACAGAAAAUUUUUGUCAACACAGAUCAUAAAGCUUUAACAUUUUUCAGAACUGCAAAAUUGACAAACAAUCGCAUCUCUCGUUGGUUUUUAGCGCUACAAGAAUUCAAUUUAGAACUAACACACCUUCCAGGAAAGAGUAAUCAAACCGCAGAUUUUUUGUCACGAGAAAUAGAUGCUACUUACAACAACGAAACAACCUUCAAUUGCUAUACUACAGAUUACAUACAAGGUGUGCCGUUUCCAGUUAAUAUAGCUCCUCUAGUACACAAAAGACUGCUAACUCCUUCAAAAAUACAGGAAGCUCAAACAGACGAUCCACACUUGAAUGACAUAAUCAAAAAAUACUAAGUACUUGCAUGUACAAACAUCUUCUAUGUUAAAUAAGUGUAUUUAUCAUUGUUUAAUAAUUUGUGUUGAUCAUAAUAAUCUAAGCAGAACUUGAAAUGAAAAAUUAUAAAAAAAAAAAAAAAAAAAAAAAAUCACGAGAAUUAAAACUCGCAAAAAUAAUAAGUACUUGCAUGUACGAACAUCUUCUAUGUUGAAUAAGUGUACUUAUAAAUGUUUAAUAAUUUAUGUUGAUCAUAAUAAUCAAAGUAGAACUUAAAAUGAAAAAUUAUAAAAAAUCACGAGAAUUAAACCUCGCAAAAAUACUAAGUACUUGCAUGUACAACAUCUUCAAUGUCGAAUAAGUGUAGUCAUAAUAAUCAAUGAUAGAGUAGAUAAAAUGAAUAAUAAGGAAAUAUUUCACAAGACGUUUUAUGUAUUUUCCACCGACCAACUGGAAUUAGUCACUCGCCGGAAAGGGAGCCUAUGUCACGACUAGCUCAAUAUUUCCUUGGAAAAUCAUGAUUAUGGAGAGGAAAAUGGAAAUUAAAAAAGAAAAACUAGCCUCACCAAACACAUUAGUGGAAAUCUUGGAAAAUCUUUAUCAAUAACGCAAUUCCGAAAGAAAUUAAUUAUCACUCUAUAAAAACAAACUAUCUGGAUUAUUAUUUGAGAGCUUAAUUAUAUUUUACUAAUUUAUUUUAGCAAAUAUUCAAAGUAAAGUAGUUCAAGGUAGAGGAAGCCUAACCUCCAACACUUGCAUACCAUUACGGAAAAGUAAUUAAUCAUUGUAAAACUUCUAUUUCUAUAUUAACAGAAGUUGCAGAGCACUAUUUUGUAAUGAGAUCAAGCUCAUAAAUCUCACUUUUUAACAUAUUAAAUAUAUUAAAUUGAUCUGAAAAACUUUGAAGACCACGUGAAAAAUCACAAUUUUCAAACACUUAUAUUUCUAAAAAUACAGAAAUUCUUACAAAACAAAUUACCACACAUGAAAGAAGGAAUUUUGAUGUACAUUACCUGUAAAUUUCAAAUUCCUAAGCUCCAAAAAAGUGUAUUUGUAGUUUUUUGUGUUCGAGACAUGUUGAGUGGAGCUUGACUCAAGCAGCCUGCACAUCCUUUUGUUUAAAUAAAAUAAGAAUCUACUCUCUGUUAGUUUCUGUGGGAAUAGUUUAAUCUAACUUAAAAUUUGAAAUAGUGAACUGAAUUAUUGUGAUGGAGAUUCAAAACUUAAAAUGUUUAUGAACUCCAAAAGUUAGUCAAAAUGGCGGCACACUAUAAAUACCUGUGGAGACGUCAGCUCGAGACAGUCAGCAGCCAAAUUUCUGAAUCUCCAGACCAUUCAUGUUAUAAGUGUUUUCUGUGUGCCAAUGUAGUCAAUAUCCGGUGAGUCGCCUCAAAGUUAUCUCAAAGUCAUUUCAAAGUAUUCUCAAGUUUAUUCAAUUUUACAUCGAAUUUAUUAUAUCUAAACCAUUCAUGAACUUUUAAAAAUUUGUUUAAUGUAACUCUUUUUAACAAUUCAGUUCGAGAGCGAUUAUAAAUUUUUCUAUACAGAUUUAAUUCUGAAUCAUUAUAAUUUUGAAUUCAUUCAGUUUACUCAGAAACUUUUGCAAUAUUUAAACUACCUACGAAGACAAGUGAAUUAUAUAAGAUGAGCUGUAUAAUUUUGUGCUGAUAGAUCACACAUUGUUGAAUUAAUAAUACGUUCAAUCAAUUUUCUUUUUGUCAAUAGCCAAGAUAAUUUUUGAAUUCA